CACUAUUUUGGUGAUGGAUGCAUCACAAUGUGCUGAUCGACCUUAAUUAGGAAGGAAUAGCGUUAGUCAUUUCACGUUCCCUAAACCCUAAACCCUAGAGUAACCUUAAGUAUAUCAAGACACACCGACAAAAUUGUUGUGGCAACGGCUGGACGGCAUUAUGUUACGAGGAAGAUAACUUGAUAUCCCCUACCCUAUGGGCGAUCGACACGUAUCGCCUUCGCCUUUAUUCCUUUCUUCCUCGCUCCCUUCCGCACCAUGGAGCUCCUACCUCUCCAUUCCUAUGCCUGACAGCCACCUUCACCGUGUACAAAUACCCCACCCUCGCGGCCACACCCCCUGCACUGCACUGCAACUACCAGCCUAGCUAGCCAUAGCCAGCAGCCACUCAGCAACUCCCUUCUCUCACGCGCUCUGAGUGCAGUCGUGCCAACGCGAUGGCCGCGCCGUUUCUGCUCGUUGUUCUGCUCGUCGUUUCUGGAGGCGCUGCAGCGGGCGGCGACGGCGAGGUAGGGCUGACCCGGCUCAUGCUCCGAGGCAUCGACGACACAUGGCGUAGGUACGGGCCCUUCACGCUGGAGGAGCCGGAGUUCAUGCCAGAUAUCUCCGCGCACGACGACGAGGCGGGCGGAGCUCCCCGGCUUGAGUUCUGAGGCAUCAAUGACUCAGGCCGUGGGCACGCGUCUGACACGCCGGAGGAGUCGGUGUUCAUGGCCCAUCUCAACGACGAGGUGGGCGAAGCGCCCCGGCUCGAGUUCCGGGGCAUCGACGGCUUGCGCCAUGGGCACGCGUCCAACGCGUCGGAGGAGCGGGCGUUCACGGACGUUAUCUCCGCUUCGCCCACCUCGUCGCCGAGACGGAGAACGUGGGCCAGCUCUUCUGAGAGCGCGCCGCGGGCGCCGGCGGUCUCACGGUGUUCGCCCACCUCGUCACCGAGACGGGGAACAUCUUAAUCGGUUGUCAAUGCACCGAUUGCACCGCAACUACGCGUGCACCAGAUGCAUUCUCCCCCAAUCUAUUCAUUUAUCCUCAAGUAAGGAUUUUCUACACACAGUGAUGUGGUGUCAGUGUAAGAAGGCGGCAAGAUCAACACUGUAACAGAGAUGUGGUGACGCAGCGGCCUCGCCGGUAUGACCUUGUCGAGUCAGUCGAGAAGUCUGUGUGCACGUAACCCUUAGACCAAUGUAUAGGAACGUAGCGGUCACUGUUGAACCUUGAAUCGAUCAAAGAAUUUGAACAAAAUUUGUCCGUCUCAUACACACAGUGAGAAACCAUAACCUCGUCGCCCAUAGGAGCCGAUGUAAAUUUACACUAGAGCUCCGUCUAAUCCAUCCUGAUAAACAAACUCGAGGAGGAUCAGAGCCUGAAAGACCAACCUCGAAAAUUAAGCGUCGCCAUCCGCCCGAGCGCCGCUCUUGUGAGGAAAUGAGGACUAAAAUCCUAACCUAUCUACUAGCCAGAGCCGAGGCACAAAGUCGCCACUGGCCUCAUAGCGAUAUGCAGUGAGGAGGCAAAUCCACAAAAUCGUUGGUGGAGAUUAGGGGGAAAGACUUUGCUCUAGUCCCCCCUGUUUAUUAUAUGUUUGAUGCUCUCUUCUAACUCUGAAACAUCUGGUCACCAUUUUAUCAUAGACCAAGCUAACAGGAGUUCAUUCCCUGCCGUAGAUUCUUGGUGUCCAUGCCUAGUGGUAAAUCGCUUGAACGAGGAAAUCUGAAAAGUGUCACUUGAUCAUUGUGCGAAAUUUUGAGAAAAAAAUGAAUUCAAACUUUCCUGAAAAAUAAAUCUUGUUGCUUGCAUGGAAUGCUGGUUGCACAAAGGUAAAAAUGGAUGAAUCGACCUCCACGACUUUGUUUCGGGGUAAAGUGAACUGCAGAGCCGUUGCCGUGCUUCAGAAAUGCUCCCUCCGUCCCAUAAUAUAAGAGCGUUUUUGACUGAACAAAGUAAUUCACAUUAUUGUCAUAUGUUCACACAAUUACACCGUGUGCAGCUCAACGUUGAUGUGCAGCUCACAAACAUUCAAUGUGAAGAAAAGAGCGAAAGGUUAGAACAAGUGUGGCAGUGGUCAUAGCUAGAUUUGUUCUACCGGCUAGUCCAGCCCACUAACCAUCAUGUACGUUGUCACGUACUCCCUCCGUUCCGAUUUACUCGUUGUGGUUUUAGUUUAAAUUUGAACUAAUACCACGAUGAGUAAAUCAACUGAGGAGGUAUACCGGAUCAAGGUGAACAGAGGUGCAUGGCUUGAAAACACCCAGGAGCCAAGAAAGGAAACACCUCAGCACCCGGGGCUUCAACAGGGCUCGACACACCCAAGCGAUCCAUGUGUUUGCCAACAACUUGUAACCAAGACUGCAAGCAAGGGUGGAAAGGGUAGGGCUCGCCGUCUCACACUCGCUUCCAGCUAGGUUGGUUCGGUCAUAUGGCUGCUGAAGGGUGGCUCAUCGUCGUGUGCAGCGGCGGCAGCCUCGCCCUCGACAUCACGGCGUUUGUCUUGGCCGUCCUCGCGCAGGACUGCGUCCCAGGCGUGAUCCAGUUCACUCUCGAGGACCCACACCAGAGGUUAUGCAUGCUGCUGCUGCUGGUGGGCGUCCCAGUUGGUGCGUUCCUGCUGCUGGCCGAGUCGUGCUGGCUGAAGUAUGAGCAGCAGCAGCCGCCGCCCCCGCCGGCCGACGUCAGGCUCCUGGUCGUCCUGACCGCGUUCCAGUGGCUGCUCGCGUUGGCCGCCGUCGGAGCGGCGUCCUCCGCGCUAAUCGCGGACCUCGUCGCCGCGCCCGUGUGCGCGUCGUACCAGCUCGCCGCCGACGGGACGGCAUGCGCCGGCGGGGCUCUCGCUGCGGCGUCGGCGGUCGGGCUGCUCUCCGUCGUCUGCUCCCGGUUGCGCCAAGCUCCGGCGCCUCUGCAGCCUCAGGCCUAGUAGGAAUUACUCUCUGUAGUAGUAUGUGGGUGAGUGGUCUGAUCCUUGUAUGAAGCAGUAGCUAACCAAUGCUUGCGUUGCCUCUUCUUCGUCUGCUGAACUUUCUUCCUUGAAUGCAUAAAAUCAUUGUACUGAUGCUUCCCAAGGAUAUAUGCAUUAUUUCAAGACCGACUAUUUGUAA